AUGGUCAAGAUCACUGGCUUUAGCACACGCGAUGUGCGAUUCCCGACCUCGCUCGACAAGACCGGUUCAGAUGCUAUGAACGCCGCCGGUGACUACUCAUCCGCAUACUGCAUCAUCACUACAGACUCAGAACACUCCGGACAUGGCAUGACCUUCACAAUCGGCCGCGGUAAUGAGAUCGUUUGCGCAGCCAUCUCCCUGCUUGCCCCUAUGGUCGUGGGCAAAGACCUUGAUGAGCUCACCGCAGACUGGGGAAAGACCUGGCGGUACCUUGUCUCGGACAGCCAGCUGCGAUGGAUUGGUCCCGAGAAGGGUGUCAUCCACCUUGCUCUCGGUGCUGUCGUCAAUGCCCUCUGGGAUCUUUGGGCCAAGACUCUAGGCAAGCCUGUCUGGCGCAUUGUUGCCGAUAUGACCCCCGAGGAGUUCGUGCGUUGCAUUGACUUCCGUUACAUUACUGAUGCCAUUACCCCCGAGGAGGCCAUCAGCAUGCUGCGGGAAGUCCAGUCUGGAAAGGAGGAGCGUAUUAAGGAGGCCGAGGAGAGUAAGGCCGUCCCCGCUUAUACUACCAGUGCUGGCUGGUUGGGAUACAGCAAGGAGAAGCUGAAGCUUCUGCUGAAGGAAAGUGUUGAGCAGGGAUACAGACACUUCAAGCUGAAGGUCGGUGGUGACUUGGAGGAUGACAAGACUCGCUUGCGCAUUGCACGUGAAGCUAUCGGUUACGACCAGGGUAAUAUCUUGAUGGUUGAUGCCAACCAGGUUUGGUCCGUCCCCGAGGCUAUUACCUGGAUGCAAGAGCUCGCCGAGUUCAAGCCCUGGUUCAUUGAAGAGCCCACCUCCCCCGACGACAUUCUCGGUCACGCCGCCAUCCGCAAGGCCCUGUCCAACACCCCCCACGGCCCAGUCGGCGUCGCCACUGGAGAGAUGUGCCAAAACCGUGUGAUCUUCAAGCAGCUCUUGCAAGCCGGUGCUUUGACAGUCCUGCAACCUGACGCUUGCCGUGUCGGUGGUGUGAACGAGGUGCUCGCUAUCUUGCUGCUGGCCCGCAAGUUCGGUGUGCCCAUCGUGCCUCACUCUGGUGGUGUCGGCUUGCCCGAAUACACUCAGCACCUGAGCACUAUCGACUACGUUGUCGUUACUGGAAAGAAGAGUGUCCUUGAGUAUGUUGAUCACUUGCACGAGCACUUCGUGCACCCUUCAAGUGUCAAGGAUGGUUACUAUGUCACACCUUUGGAGCCUGGUUACAGUGUUGAGAUGAAGGCAGAGAGUAUGGAUGCCUUUGAAUUCCCUGGUCAGGAAGGGAAGAGUUGGUGGAGAUCUGAGGAGGCGAAGAGUAUUAUCGAUGGUCCUCGAGUUGUAUAG